UAUCCGCGACGUCGCGACGCGGCAAUGGCGACUGCGUCAGGCUCUGUGGGGCUUCGUUUUUAAAUCAUUUCCUGACAUUGCCGCGGGAGCUGCGGGAGCCGCGAUCGUCUCAGACCCGGUAGGCGGCGGCGGCGGCGGCGGCGGCAGCGGCAGCGGCGGCGGCGCGCGUGCGCGCUACUGCUGCGUCCCGGACCGAGCAGCGGCACCGCAGCCCUGUGAAGUGAGCCAGCGUCAUCUGGGCCUUUUCUCUAGUCUAAACCCUGUCGGUGGGCUAGGUAGGAAACAUGAGCAGCAACAACUUGGAUGCGAACGAUGAGUUUGAUGAGCAGUUGCGAAUGCAAGAAUUGUACGGAGACACCAAGGACGGUGACACCCAGAAUGAUCCCAGCGGAGAAGCCGAUUCUUUUGGGCAGCAGCCGGCUGACACCCCCUAUGAGUGGGACCUGGACAAGAAGGCAUGGUUCCCCAAGAUCACUGAAGAUUUCAUUGCUACUUAUCAAGCCAAUUAUGGCUUCUCUAAUGAUGGCGCAUCUAGUUCUACUGCAAAUGUCCAAGAUGCCAACACUAGGACUGCAGAGGAACCGCCACAAAGAAAAACCCCUGAACCUGCUGAUCCUAGAAAGAAGGGAGAAAAAAGAAAGGCUGAAUCAGGGUGGUUUCAUGUUGAAGAAGACAGAAAUACAAAUGUAUAUGUGUCUGGUUUACCUCCUGACAUUACAGUGGAUGAAUUUAUACAGCUUAUGUCCAAGUUUGGUAUUAUUAUGAGGGAUCCUCAUACAGAAGAAUUUAAGGUCAAACUUUACAAAGAUAAUCAAGGAAAUCUUAAAGGAGAUGGGCUUUGCUGUUAUUUGAAGAGGGAAUCUGUGGAACUUGCAUUAAAACUUUUGGAUGAAGAUGAAAUUAGAGGCUACAAAUUACAUGUCGAGGUAGCAAAGUUUCAGCUGAAGGGGGAAUAUGACGCCUCAAAGAAGAAGAAGAAGUGCAAAGACUAUAAGAAGAAGCUGUCUCUGCAACAGAAGCAGUUAGAUUGGAGACCUGAGAGGAGAGCUGGGCCAUCCCGGAUGCGCCAUGAGCGAGUUGUCAUCAUCAAAAAUAUGUUUCACCCUAUGGAUUUUGAGGACGAUCCAUUGGUGCUGAAUGAGAUCAGAGAAGAUCUUCGAGUAGAGUGCUCCAAGUUUGGACAAAUUAGGAAGCUCCUUCUCUUUGAUAGGCACCCAGAUGGUGUGGCCUCUGUGUCCUUUAGGGAUCCCGAGGAAGCUGAUCAUUGUAUUCAGACCCUUGAUGGAAGAUGGUUUGGUGGUCGACAGAUCACCGCCCAAGCAUGGGAUGGGACUACAGAUUAUCAGGUGGAGGAGACCUCAAGAGAAAGAGAGGAAAGGCUGAGAGGAUGGGAGGCAUUCCUCAAUGCCCCGGAGGCCAACAGAGGCCUUCAGCGUUCAAAUUCUGUCUGUGCUUCAGAAAGGGCAGGGCCUUCUAGAAUAAGGCAUUUUUCAGAGCACCCAAGCACAUCUAAAAUGAAUGCUCAAGAAGCUGCAACUGGAGUGGCAUUUGAAGAACCUAUUGAUGAGAAGAAGUUUGAAAAAGCAGAAGAUGUGGAAGAAGUUGAAGGAGAGGCUUCUGGAAAAGAUGCUAAAGAAGGUGGGCCUGAAGAAGAGGUCAAAGAAGGCUGCCCUGAAAAAGAGUCUGAAGAGAGCUGCCUUGAGAAAGAGUGUGAGGGAGGCUGUCCCAAAAGAGAAUAUGAAGAAGGCUGUUCUGAAAAAGAUUUUGAAGGGGGUAGUCCUAAGAAGGAGUUGAAAGAGAAUGGCCCUGAGAGAGAAUCUAAAAAGAAGAAACUCAAAUGUGAUUAUGAAGAGAACGGUGUUACCAAAGAGUCUGAAGAUGAUGACCCUGAAAAGGAGUCUGAAGAGGAGGAUAGCCCCAAAAAAGAAUCCGGAGAGGAUGACUCAGAGAGAGAAUCUGAUGAAGAUGGUUCUGAAAAGCAGUCAGAAGAAGGCUCCGAAAAAGAAUUUGAAGAAAAUGGCCUUGAAAAUGAUUUUGAUGAGGAGGGCUCUGACAAAGAGUUUCCUGAAAACAUUCUUGACAAAGAGUUAGAAGAAAAUGACACCGACAAAUCAGAAUUUGAUGAAGGCUCUGAGAGAGUGUUAGAUGACGAGGAAGGUUCUGAGAGAGAGUUUGAUGAAGAUUCAGAUGAAAAGGAAGAAGAAGAAGAUAUAUAUGAAAAGGUUUUUGAUGAUGAGUCUGAUGAGAAGGAGGAUGAAGAUUUUGCCAAUGAAAAAGAGCAGGAAGAUGCUAAUGAGAAAGAAGAAGAGGAGGAUGCUGAUGAAAAGCUGUUUGAAGAUUCAGAUGAAAAGGAAGAAGAAGAAGAUAUAUAUGAAAAGGUUUUUGAUGAUGAGUCUGAUGAGAAGGAGGAUGAAGAUUUUGCCAAUGAAAAAGAGCAGGAAGAUGCUAAUGAGAAAGAAGAAGAGGAGGAUGCUGAUGAAAAGCUGUUUGAAGAUUCAGAUGAAAAGGAAGAUGAAGAAGAUGCAGACAUAAAGGAAGAUGAAGAUGUAGAUGAAAAGGUAUUUGAAGAUGGCAAUUCCAGUGAGAAGUUUGAUGAGGAGUGUUCCAAUGACAAGGUGUUUGAGGAUUCUGAUGACAGAGGGACUUUGGGGAAUGUGAAAGAAGAUGCACUAUCCACAGGCAGCAGCUUUGUCCUUAGUAGUGAUGAUGAUGAUGAUGAUGAUGAUGAUGAUGAUGAUAUUUAAUCCCUUAAACUUGCUUUUUAGGGAGAGUCCUCCAUCUCCAUUUGCCUGUGCUUCAGGGUCAUUACUAGUAGUGUUAUAUGAACAUAUGCAUAGUGAUAGGGUGCCAUCUGAUUAAUGCAUUGAAGUUUUUCCAUUGUUACCUGUACCUAAUUAUUUUAAAUAUCUGUUAAUUGGCUGUUGAGUUAAAACCUCAUAGUUAAUAACGCAAAUAAACUGGAUACUCGUCCUUUUUGUCAGAUUUGUUAAAUGCAUGCAAAAUAAUAUUUUUAAAAGUAUUCUGAUUGAAGUUUGUGAUAUUCAAAAAUAAAAAUAAGCUGAUAAUAUGCAGAAACUAAAAAUUGUACUGGAGUUAAAUUGCAUCUUAAAUUCAUGCUAUUGCUUUAUUCAUACAAAAUCUCUUGGGAGUGUCCUUGUUUCCAGCUCAUGUUACCACUUGUGUGCCGAUUUCUCCAUUCUAAAUCAGAACAUGUUCCUGAACUCAUAAAGCAAACACCACUUCAGAGUUUUUCCCUGCCCAGUCCUUCCACCAUUGAAAAUAUAGGGGAGACUAGCAUUCUUUCAUGUACUGUUUCUUAGCCUCCUUGUACCCCUUUAAAAGUAGAUUUAAUGAGGCUGCUCCCCAGAAAAUUUUAUGCAUGCAUACUAUACAACUUCUGUACAGUUUGGGGGGGGGAGUUCAUGGAUCCCCUGAAGAUUAAGAACUUUGUCAUGCAUACUUCAGUUUUUGUUUUUGUUUUAGAAUAAUGGUGCCUAGUAUUGUGUGAAGUUGUGUAGUCCAAUACAGUUGUGGGUCUUAACUGUGCUUUCCAACUUCAGUAUUGAUUACUAAUGAUGUAGCAGUAAGAAAUUAUUCUCAUAAAUUAGAAGCAUUAAAAUAAACUGCA